CAUGUUGACGGCAUAUGACGUGUCUCCGUCAACACAACAAUGGCGGAUGCCGUAGAGGAAGCUCUUCAGGGCAGCUGGUGAGUCUAUUUGUUUUCAGUCUCCCAUUGUUAAAAACAUUUUAUCGAUUGUCAAACAAUUCUAUCAGCUUUAUCCGACAGAAGUUAACGUUCAAUGACUUAAAAUGAGCUUGUAUUGUUCACAAAUUCUGCCGACGACGGAUGGUGGUCCGAAACCAGUCAGGUUCCGUUACUGCUCGGCAGCUAGCCAGCUAACGUCAAUUAGCUGAGAUAGUGACACCUCGGCCAUUAUGAUGGACACAGUUUACCUGAAAGCUGCUCAAAGAGACCCUUUAAAGCUCUUUUAUUUCAUGAAUCUAUAUCUCGUAUUGACAUCCUGACACGCUCGUUAGCCGACAUGCUAACAGUAAGUAUCUCUGUAGCUCUGGUGUCUCCUCAGUUCUGCCCCCUUUAAAAAGAUCAAACCCCUAACCCCAAACAGGACUAGACUUUCAUGGCUCCCAUGUUGUGUUAUGAAAGUUAAUAUUCUUAUGUUACACCCUGAAAACGAUCCUGAACAAGUAAUUAACUAGUCAAAAGGCUAGUUUUAAGUGUUGAAUGGAUAUGAGGGUAACUGUCAGGACAUAUGUAGCUGUAACUUGAGUUCUAUCUCAGCAGUAAUAAAACAAGUUCAGAGUAUUUCACUCUUUGAUAAUGACAUGACUUAGCCAAACCUCCAUAUCAAAAAAUAAGAAAUGUCUGCCUUUUAGUUUGCCAAACAAUGUGGGAUAUUUCUGAACAUUUUUGUUGUUGACAUCAGUAAUCUACUUGUUUUCUUAAUUCCCUGCAAUGCGAUAAACACUUAGAAUAUGAAGCUAGAAACUCAAGUGAAUUCAGGAGUUCAUGACUUUAAUCUGAUGUGAGAGGUAACUUCAGUUAUAGGUCAAAGAUAAGACCUUUAAAUGUUGAUUUGUUACAUGACAAAACAGAUCAUUUGUUAUCUGUCAAAGGGGAGUAUGCAUGACUGUGUCCCUCUAAAGAUAGCAACCUCUGAACAUGUGUUGUAGCACUACAUAUUUGUCUGUGAACAAAAAUGUCUGCUCUAUAUUUCUGCUAUGUAAUGAAAGAAUGUCCAGUCUUUGGAAAAGGGGAAGAGAAGUCUCUGUUCAGGAAGAGAAACUUGCAAAUCUCACAAAACUUGAAAUGAAAGACGACCGAAUCAUAACAGAUUUUUUUUCCUCAAAUGAAGAACUUAAAGAUAAGAGAUUGCAAAAUAAUUUCGUAGCCGACGUUGAAUCACUGCAAACCUGUUGGGAAAUUUUCACACUGGCCUGCAUUCAUUUAAAGUCUUUACAAUCAAGUGGGAAAUGUGUUGUUUUGAUGGAAAAAAAAACAAUCUUAACAAUGGUUUAUUGUGGAUCUUUUAAUCCUUAUUAAACUCCACUCUGCUGGUGAUUCCUCAGGGACCAGGAUCUAGCUGAGGCUCUGGACUCUGGGGGCUCAGACAUGGAAAUGGAGAGAAGCAUAAUCCAGGUCCAGGAGCAAUCGGCCCAACACAGGGCCAAGAUGUGGAAGGUGAGAAUGAAUAGAAUCAGUCCACAUGGUGUAAUGGGACUCCUCUUAGAGUUUAAAAUGAAUAAAAAAUAAAAGUUUAUCAGCUUUAAAGGUGUUAUUUUGUAUGUUUGAAUUAAAGUCAGUAAUCUGUCCUAUAAAUAGAGUCCACAUGCUUUAAAGGUGAGAGAUACUGUCAUCAGACAGUAGUCAACAUACUGGAAAGACCAGCAACUCUGGCUGGCAUUAUGUAAAAACUGGUACAUUUUUGUGACACACCCACAGCCAGGAGUUCAGUUUGGUCAGAACUACAACAUGAAAUAUGUGGACAAACAAAAGACAAAACUUCUACUUAGGACAACAAGUUAGCAUUUCUGUGUUUCUACCUGGUAGCACUUUUAUCCGGUGUUAUUAAAACUGCCUGAGGGUGAUAGAAAACUUCCAUUUCCUGGCCACAUUGUUCUUGGUUAUGCGUGGGAAAUGCUUUCUGUAACAGACACAUAUGUUUUUAAACCACUAUUCAAGAGCUGUGUACAUGUGGGGACAUCACAAUAUAGCAUUUAUGUAGCUGAUCUACUGUAAUGGCAACAUCUCCUGUGCACAAAUACUUAUUAACUCCAAGAUGAUGGAGCUUAUAAUCAUUCUGAGCCCAUGUCUUUGAGAAGGACAGAAGUUGAAAUGCAGUGAUUGUUGUUUUCCUUCAAGCAACAUUUCAGGUCAAAAGUGUAAAGACGUGUUUUUAUUUCUCUGUAGAUAAUUUUUUCUUUUGUGGAGCAGCAGCAGCAGUUGAGUCACAGAUUUCAGAUCAGUCCCAUCAUGUGUUCAUCAGGCGCCUCUUUGUCACUCAGUGCUGCAUGUCUAGCAGUGACUUGUUUAUGUUUUGUGUUUUCAGAUUGCUUUAAAUGUCUCUGGAAAGGGGGACAGUCUGUCACCAUGGGAUGGCGUUCUCGAUUUACCAGAACAGACCCUCAUUCACAACCGCAGUCAGCAGCUGAUUGGUGAGUUAAUUCCAUCACACACUUAAGUGAAGAAACUGCCAUAAAAGUCUGUAGUCUGCACCAAAACACGAGCAGAAUUGAUUGCCGCCCUAGCUGUACAGAUUCACAAUUUGAAGCCUCCUUGAAAUAAAGGACAAAUCAAAACUUAACUGAACCUCAAGAUGAUUUUAACAUAGAGACAAUACAACCUAAAAUGAGUAAAUAGUCCCAGGAUGUUGGACCAAAGGAAGACAAUUAGCCCUCAGAGAGGUAGUCUGGUUUGUGCCAUUUACUUUUGAAGGUGGGAGUGUAGUUGGCUGAUGUGAAGUCUGAGCAUUUGAAUAUAAAGCCUGGUUGUUAAAAGCGUUUUGUGACUCCAGAGGAAAGCUGCACAACUGCUAAACUUUGAAGCUAACAAAAAGGCAUGCAGUCUUGAAAACAGACCUCAAAAUGAAAUCCUGCUCAGACACUGAAUGUGGUUAGGUGAAGUUCUUAAUCUGUGUUGCAGUUUGACAGUAUUGAAAGAAGAGUCAGGAUUUCAGAGGAACAGAAGACUCCAAAAGCUUGCUCCACUAACAAGUUGUCAGCCAGAUCUGGGACAGUUCAGAAUAGAAAAUCUCUCAUGAGAGUGAUGCUCAAACCAAAACGCAGCAGUGUUUUUUUAUGUGAAAUUUCAAAAUGGUGUUCCUUUGUCGGACUGAUAGAGUCCACACCUCUCUGCCUCUCGUUUGUGGUGGUUUAAAUGGAUCCCUCUGACCUGCUAAUGCUUGAUGCUUUGUUCCUGUGUUCAGACCAGCUGGGUGUGUCGGAGGAGGAGAGGAGCGACAUGGUUUCUGAUGUCGAGUCAGUCAUCACUUUUUAUUGCAAGUCCAGAAAUAUUUCGUUCACACCUGAGCUGAGCUGGCCACACCUCCUAAAACCGCUGCUGGGCCUUCAGCUCCCCCGCAGUGACCUUUACAACUGCUUCUACGCUAUCAUGAACAAAUACAUCCCCAGGUGAGCACCAGAGAUGUAAUCCACCCCCCAUAAAUUGACAAGAAACACAAGAUUUUCACUGUAAGGUGUCCAACAUGUUUGUUUCAGAGACUGUGUGCCAAAUGGCCGACCGUUCCACCUGUACAGACUCCUGCUGCAGUACCAUGAACCAGAACUUUGCUCUUUCUUGGACACCAAAAAGAUCACACCCGACUCCUACGCAAUUAACUGGGUUUGUCUUUCUCUAAAUUCAUGUCUUAAUCAUUUCUCAGGCUGUGUCUGUACUCAGAAAUUAGACAGUCAGUCAAAACACGCCUGUUUUUUCUUGAAAAGGGGUUGUUACAGGGCUCAAAAGAAAACAAAGACAAAAAUGAAAUUUUUGACUGUCCUUCCAAAAGAAUAGUCUAAAGCUCACUGUGGUUAUGUUGGUGAACUUAAAUGCAUGCAUACAUGUGACCUUUCAGUAACCUACAUUCUCAGCGCCUGUAAGACAUAGAAAACAAAUAAAAGCAAACAUGAAUAUAAGAUUAACUUCUGCUAGACGUAAAAAAAAACCUAUUUAAAAAUAACAAAGGAGAGAUUAUUUAAAAAAAAGUGAUACAAAAUGAAGCACAAUGCAAACCAGAAAUAAAAAUCCAGUUUAACACUAAUAAAAACUUAAAUACACGCCGUAACACUACAACAAAAUGAACCAAGUUGAAGGACAUUAGACGACUAUCGAUCUAAAGUGGAGGUAGAUUAUUCUGCUACCCUCACAGCUCCUCCGAGAGAGGUGGAGAGAGACAGAGCUUUGAGUUGAAACUACUUCUUCCUGUUUGGGUUUCCUGGUCUUUUUGUUUAGAGAGAAGAUCCUAUCACUCUUGCCCUUGAUUAAAAAAAAAAAGUAAUCUUUACCAACCAACAAAUUAGCUACUGCAAAUCAACUCACUAUCUAUUGUGAUGCCCCGUGGCGCCAACAGAAAAGGCAGAUAAACCCUUAUUCGAAAGUGAAACUGCUUUAUCUUUCAGACCAUUAAAUGUUUUAUUUUGGUAGAGCAGAGGUUUCCUGCAGAUAAUCCAGCUCUUUGUAAAAUCUUGAAUGAAUGUGACAGGAUAUUUCCUUGUAAAUAUUCAAGAAACCUCAUACAUGUGAAUGUGUUUUUCUAUUUUUCUCUACAGCUGGGAAGUCUGUUUUCUAGUCACUGCCUUCCUGAUGUGACCCAGGCCUUGUGGGACUUCUACCUCCAGCAGGCUGACCCCUUCCUCAUGUUCUUUCUUAUGCUCAUUAUACUCGUCAAUGCCAAGUAAGCAAAAAAAUGGACACAUGAUAUUUAGAAUUGAGAUUACAUCCACACUGAUAAGUUUGGGUAUGAAAACCUAUAAAUUUUGAUGCAUUUAGGUCCAGUCAGUGCUGUAGACUUGUUGAAUAGAUUUUGAAAUGCUUCUGUUUAGGCUGAAAGGUUUGGUGCUGUACUCUAGUGGACAGAUAUGGAGACUUCCAUAAACCAUGCUGCAGAUACUGUAUGUGCAGGAGGGGGGAUCACAUUUAAGUAAUUAACGUGUCCAGCAUUGUGACCAUUGUGCACUGUUGUUUUUGGGAGAGAAAGAAAGUCUUGGAACACUUUCUCAUUUGUUAAUAUCAUUGUUUUCAGAUGAAAUAGUUUUCUUUAUAAAAAAACAAGAUUUUAAGAUUUCUUACAAAAGUAAAUCUUGAACUGGGCGCACCGCUGGCAGAGGAGUCUAAGUGUGCUCUGUAUAUGCAGGCGGCCCCCAGAUUAAAUCCAGCUUCUGGCCCCUUUUUCAUGCCAUUCUCUCCUUCUUUUUUCCUGCUCUGAAUAAGGGCCAAAAAAAAAAAUCUCAAAAAAGUAAAUUAUGAAAAGGGGGUUAACGUCUCCUGGUACUCAUCAGUGCUCUGUGAAAAGCAUAAAUAAAACUAGUUGCAUGGACAUUGCUUAAGGAUCUUGGAAUAUAAAUUUGAUUAGCCGUCGUUUCAUUUUCCCUCAGAGAGAGCAUCCUUUCACAAGAGGGCGGCAGCAAAGAAGACAUCAUCAGUAAGUUUGGCUCACUGUGUUUUUUACAGGUUUGUUUAAUUUCAAACUAAAACCAGGACUUGAAUGAAACCUUUUUUAUUUUGUCACAGAAAAUCUGGAAGCAUCUCCGUCUCUCCUGGAGAGUGAGGACAUUGAGGAUUUGUUUUCUUUGGCUCAGUACUACCAGAGCAAGACCCCUUUGUCUCUUAGAAAGGUAAACAACUAUGUUCACAGGAUUUAUGUACGCACAAACCAGAUCUGAGCUGCUUACCAAGAGUACUCGGUUCAAUUUAAUUCAAUUCAGAAACUUAAUUUGUCCCCAAGGGGCAAUUCAAAGUGCUUAGAUCAUUGGUAGCGUGCUCUGAAAAUACACACACCUGUAAGACAGUAAAAUAUAGAAGCUAUAGUGGAGAAGUAAAGUGAAUGUAGUGCACAUUAACAUUACUGUGUGUGUGUGCGCUUUAUCUGUCCUUGUAGAUGAACCAGAAUCUGUUUGGGAGCAGCCUGGUAGCUCUGAAAGAAGAAGACACUGACCUGAGUCAGGCUUUGUGUCUCCCUGUGUCAGUCCCUGAAAUCCUGCAGGCCAACCAGCUGCAGCAGGUCAGUGAGGCUCAGGUGACUUUUAACUUGAUGAAACAGUUACCAGAUGGAUUUUUGUAAGAAUAAUGUUGUCGUUUUUUGUUUUUUCUCUCUUAGGAUGGAGUGCGUUUCUUUGUGGUGGAUUGUCGGCCUGCAGAGCAGUAUAACGCUGGGCAUCUUUCUACAGCCUUCCACCUUGACUCUGACCUGGUGAGAGAAUAUAUUGAUAAUUCUGUGAUGAUUUAAUGAAGUAUAUGACAGCAUUGUCACAUCGAUCUCUUUUCGUUUCUGCUCUCAGAUGCUGCAGAACCCUUCAGAGUUCGCUCUAUCAGUAAAGUCCCUCUUAGAGACUCAGAAACAGUCUCUGGAGUCCGGGUCCAUCGCCAGUGGAGAGCACCUGUGCUUCAUGGGCAGCGGGAGAGAGGAGGAGGACAUGUACAUGAACAUGGUGUUGGCACAUUUCCUGCAGGUUAGGGACUUUAAAAAAAGGUUUCAAAAGUUGCUGCAAGAACAAGAUCAAGUUCCUCGUGAUUUGUAUUUCCCAAUCAGUGUUUUCAUUUUCUCAAAUAUCUUUUCUAAUUGGACGUUUCAUCUUCCAGAAAAACAAAGAAUAUGUCAGCAUUGCUAAAGGAGGUUUCAUGGGUAAGUUCCUGUAUAUGAUUGUACAGAGAAAACCAGAACAGAUGCUUUUAUUAAAAGCUCUGUUUACAAAAAAGCUGGAAAUAUAGACAUGCAUCUAGUGUGCAUGGUUUUUGCUUUUACAUACAUCACUGAUCAGUCUGCCCCUGGGCAAAAAAUCACUAUAGAUAUUUGUGAGAUAUUAGCUCACGUCUCAUGUGUUUGAUGUCAGCUCUUCAGAAACAUCUGGUGGACAUGAACAUUGAAGGUCUGGACUCCUCAUACCUCCACUGGAUCGUCAGCACAUCAGGAUCUCACAGCAGCCUCAGCUCUGCAGAUGUAAGUUUAUGGUAGCUAAGGAGAUCUUUUUGUCUCUUUAACACUUUGGAUAUUUUUCACACUUACUUGAACAUAUGACCUCUUUUUAUUCUGAAACAGGGAGACUUAAGUAGCCCCGGGGACAGUAAAGGUGUCAAGUCUUUGGUCAACAAAAUGACAUUUGCUCUUAAGUCAAAGUCUGUAAACGUGAAGGAGAAGAUGAUCAGCUUCAUCGAGAACACCUCCACACCUGUAGAAAGGUAAGGUCCAAGCUCCCUCUAUGAACUCCUCACUAAAAAAAAACUCAGAGCAUCCUCAUUACAAAAAAGAACUCCCACCUUCUUGAGGGGUGGAAAUCUUAAGUUUGGAUUCAGUUUUAGACGUCAAAUGAACAUUUUUCAUGACUCGCUUUUACAAAAACAGGACUGCAAUACAUUUAAAUGUCAUACGGUGAACAAUAGUGAUAUGUAUACAUUUUAAAUUCUAACAGGCUUCAAAGCUAUUAUUAAGUAAACAAUUCUACUCUGUUCACUACUCUGUUAUCCUAACAUAUUUUCAAGUACAAACUAACCUGUGAAAACUGGACAGACUUAAGUAGUGAGUGGAGUAUUAGACCAGAGCUCAAAUGUGAUGAUUAACUUACAAUCUUAUAAUCUGACGAUAAUAAUGAUGCACGUGUUUAUUCUUUAUUGGCUGAUAUUCCUUCUAUUGAUUGGUAAAAAAUGCACCAUGCAACAGUGUCAGAAGACAAAGAUUUUGACUGUCUUAUCACAUCUUAUCGUUGGUGCAAUGGUUCAAUGCCAUUUUACACAACUGCUGAUUCAAAGGGUCUUCAUCGGGUGAAAAUAAGUCAGCUGUAACUUUUAACUUUUUGAUGUCAUGAUACUAGCUGCACAGUACACAUACUAAUCAAUGUAUGAAGAAGGACUGUGUGGGGUGUUACACAGUCUCUGAGAAAUAUCAGCCACAUGCAGUUUGUGAUAUUUUAAGGAGAAGGACUUCAGAAACACAUCAAAGCUGUUUUGUUAAACUGCAGAAGCAUGGGAAUUGGUCAUUAGGAUCAGGAUCAUUGUUCUUGGUCUGGGCCUUGUCUUUACAAGUUGAUCUAGCUCUGACAACAAUACUACUUUAUCAGCAUCUUUGUACAGGAGUCUUUCCUCAAACCUCACAUAAAGUGACAACUAUGGGGAAGAAAUCUGAACAAGCAAGUUUGAACAAGGGCUAACUCUGCAUGAUAAAAUGAAGCAUUCAAGUGAAAUUUUUUCUGAUAUUUUUAAUUUGAUUUUGUUGUGUUUCCGUUAAAAGUUUUACCAAACCUUGUGCCUUAUUUCAUGCUAGAAUAUCUUUCAAUCUGCCCUGGCCAGAGAAGGUGGUCCCUGAUCGGUAAGAGCUCCCUGACAUUGACGCUGUCUGUCACCAGCAUGCCCACUGGCUGUAGACCUGCACCAACAGUCUGCGGGGCUGUAGGAGAGUUAACCUGUGUCGCAUUAACGCAUGCUUAGUCUCAGCAUCUCUGCCCACUCCGCUCACUCAUGUGACAACAAACACCACACGUUCCCAUGGGCAGGCUGUGUACCAGACGUGUAGGAUCUGUCUUCAUGCUUUCACUAACAUCGAGCACUGCUUUUUAGUUCUCACUGCUGGAGCUGCUGCGGCCUUUCAGGAGGCAUUCAGUCAUCUUUACAUCCACGUAAAACAGAGGAAUAAAUGAGGGAUCGUCAGCUUUACUGCUGUUUGCUAACAGUCUGUCCUUCCAUUUCAUUGUUUUUCUUGUCGUUGAUAGGCAGGGCUAUUCUGAAACAUUAUAAAAAUAUCAACCUUACAAUCACUCCCACCAGCAAAUAGCCCUGAAUAUCACACACUGACUAAUCUGUAGCUUUCCUGGAGUAUUAAUGUUUCAUUUAACCUCUUUCUUUAUGUGAAACAGCAUAACCUGACUGCAAUGCACUAACGGUUUUUACUGCAGCCUGGAGGUCUUCAUGUCAUUUCAGUUUGUUUGACUUUUUAUCACAGACAUUCAUGCAUCCUCACAUCCUUCACUCAGAGCUCAUGUUUCCUUUCGCUCUUCAUCUGUAGGCAUGUGAGCAGCAGCGACCGUGUUGGCAAACCUUACCGCGGGGUGAAGCCUGUUUUCAGUAUUGGUGAUGAAGAGGAGUACGAUACAGGUAAAAUGUUCACACUGGGAACAGACAUGUUCUCAGUUUUCAACAGAAUCUGUCAAACAUGUGUGUGAGUUUUGGGUUUGGAGCGUCCUAUUUUGCUUUUAGUCAGAAUCUCAGUCGUGGAAAUGGUGUUGACCAAUAACAAUGGAGCUGUCUUAGGUUGUAUGCACUCUGAUUAUUUUUAUAUGCACCAUUUCUUUUAUAAUAUUGAUACCAGCCUAGUUUUAUUACAAGUCUGUCUGUCAACCUGCUGUGUUAAAUGCAUGAUUCUGAUUGGUUAAGACCCCACAACGAUUGUCUAUUCUUGUUAGGACCUCUGAAAUGGAGACUUGUUUUUAGGGGGUUGAGCAUGAUUUGUAAAGUCCAGCCCGUAGACUGUAUAUAGAAUGGACACCGUCUGCCUCUUUAGUCAGUGAAGCCACCACAAGAACAGCACCCUCUGGUGAUGGGCUGCAGUAUAGGUCAUAAAUCCCGCCUCCUCCAGCAAUCCCAAUGGAGCUGUGGACAAACUUCAGAAAUUAAUUACAUGGAAUAUAAAUUGUACUCCCCCCUGGUAGCGAUGUUGACAUGUAGUUAUUGUAGGACUGGUUUGUGCUCCAUUUGUAAAAGUUAUUAGGGGGUUCAUGUUUUCUAUGAUUGACACUUGAUACAGCCUAUGGGCAUACGAAGAUUGUGUAGCUCACCCAGGGAUACGCUGUUUGAGCCAAGCGUCAUCACAUCAACUCUCCUGCAGAAUGCGUACAAGCUACUGCGCAAGUAGUGGUUCCAGGAAGUGGAGAAAAUCCCGCAAAUAUCGAGAGCAAUUUGGCUUCAAAUUUGUAUAAUGACGGAAGGCGGAACCAAGUUGUCCAUAGUAUAUACAGUCUAUGGUCCAGUUCAGCUAAUAUUAAACUGUCACACUCGUGUGAGUUCAACCUUUUACCCUCAGGCUGUUGCUUCACGUAUCCUCUUGUAUUUCCAGUGAAAUUCAUUCACUUAAUUUACCCAUGUUGCACUUUUUGUGACACGGCAAAAAUUUUUCAAGUUUGACUUUGAGUCUGACUUAUUUAUUUUUUGGGUUUGAAGCCAUUGAUAUAUAUUUUUUUCUUUUUAAUAGGGUCUCAUUUUAUCGUUCUUCUGUAUUUUAUGUGUCUUUUAUGUAAUCCUGUUGUGUAGCUAAAUUCCCACUGUGGGACAAUCAACAUAAAAUGAUCGGAUAAAGUAAAUGAUCUAUAAAACCAUUAGCAAACACUCACAAGUUCUGGCUUCAGUAAAUAAGGACAAGAUAAACAAUGCUGCUAAAAGCCUUCCUUAAGAGAACAGAAGAAAGAGGUCAGUCAAACCAGCCCACAAAGAGUGAUCAGAUCUAGCUCUGAUCCUUUACCCGAACCAAACAUGUAGGAGUUGCCACUGACAGGAGGAUUUGCAGAGAGAGAAAGCCAGUAGGAGGUAGUAAGCUAGUUCAUGCAUCCUCUUAUGCUUGCUUUCAGUCAUCACCCAGCUACACUUGGUGGAGAAAAAAACAAUAUAGGUGAACAUGUGACGUUAAUUCAUUUUAAUACAAACAGAUGGGGAAAAAGACAUGCAGUGUGACAAUUCUGAGCAUAAGAGGCAACUAUUGGUACAUCCUGAUUACAUUAUUACGCAUGUAUCAUCCUAAGGAAAGGAAUUAUUGCACAUCUUGUGUACUGUUUAAGAGUCAAAAUCAUUACUUCUCACUUUAUUUUGAGAGCACAACACUUUAGAUCCAUGGUGAUUGGCUAACAGCAGAGAAUGUUGAUUUAAAGAAAAAACUAUUGAUGAACUGCACAUGAUUGGUCUUUUCCCAGAUGAGAUCGACAGCUCGUCCAUGUCAGAUGACGACCGGAAAGAGAUCGUCAACAUUCAGACCUGGAUAAACAAACCCGACGUCAAACACCACAUUCCAUGUAACGAAGUAAAGGAGACUGGUCACAUGUUCCCCAGGUGAGCUGCUCGCUAAAUAUGCAGGAAAUGACUAAUCCAUGUCUCCUUGAACAUGAAUGAACAGGAGACAUCGUCGCUGAUAUGGUUCAGGAGUCUUUCAACUCUGAUGACUGUGUUGUUCUUUGCAGCCACUUGUUGAUCACAGCGACUCACAUGUACUGCCUGCGGGAGAUCGCUUCCAGGAAAGGUUUCGCCUACAUCCAGUCAAGACAAGCGCUGAACUCUGUGGUGAAGAUCACAUCCAAAAAGAAACAUCCAGAACUGAUCACAUUCAAGUUCGGGAGCAACAACUCUGCCGGAGUCGAGAUAUCAGCUGUUGAAAGGUGACUUUCCACAAGAGCAGAUGAAAAUCAAAAUAAUUAACGAUAAAUUUGCAUUAGUAUCUUUUUUUCUCCUGUCAUUUUCACUUCAGGUGUUCCAUGAAUUUUUAUAUCACUGGUAUUUUUAAACUGUUUAAAAAGACAUUCAAGCAGAAAUUCUUCUUUAGAAAAAAAAAAAAUUCUCAUAAGUAACUUUUUAUGUUUGCCUCAUUAAUGUUAUUUAACAAUGUCGCCCAAAAUUAGUUUUUUCCUAAUGUUGAGUCAAGCAAAUAAUGACUUUAAAGUCUUGGUAAAGAGUAUAAAGACUCAUAAGAAGGUGAUUUUUGUCUGUGAACUGUGAAUUAUUCUGUCCAUGGUUGACAGAUAUUUCUGUCUUCGGCACAUCUGUAGUUUACAGUUGAAUUUUUAGGAGUUGAUCAAAUGGGGAGCUGUGUGCUAUAACAUUAACAAACUUAAAAGCCUGUCUAAACGUGGUGGGGGUUAUUUGUAAAUUUCUCUUUGCUCUGUUUUCUUUCCCUCCCUUGUUCUUAGAUAUUUGAUACCCAACGCAGGCGAUGCCACCAAGGUCAUCAAGCAGCAGAUUAUGAAAGUCCUGGAUGCUUUGGAGAGCUCUUAAAGGGAGGUGACGCAGCUUGUGACAGUCGUCAUUAUAAAACUGUAAUAAGAAUAAGAAGAAGAGUCUCUGUCUGUCAGGAGUGAAACCGUCUCCGCUCUCCCUCCCAGUCAGUCAGAUCCUGUGUCCUGAGCAGAGGCGACUGUGGACCCUGUGUGUCUGUGUUUGGGACAUGCAGACACACUGCUGCCUGCAGGCCUGAGGGGUGGGCUGUGUGAUGAAAUACUUAGGUGCUCCGCCGUCAUCAAACUGUUCUUGUACUUUAAGUUAAUAUUUCUUUUACUGUAAGUUUAUUUCUUCAUUACUAACAGAAAAUGAUCUUUAUUUGAGUGCAGUUUCACUCUGCCGACUCUCCUCUGGCCUUAACGUAGCGCACUGACCAACCUGUUCACACAACUGACCUUUUCCUUUCAGCAAAUCUGGCCCGUAGUUUUGCAGUGAACAGUCUGAACAUGUCCUUUAGUUUACUUUCAAACGAGUUAAGUCUAGAUUUAAUUGCUGCGGUCAGGAAGUGUGCAUGAGGCUCAAAUAUGAAGAUGCACAUCGUAAGGAAGUUUCCUUUCUCAUCAUCGCAUUUUGAUGACUUUUGUUUCCCAGCUGGCAGCCUUAAAUAGAAACUAUUUGAGGGUGUUUAUAAAUACUAAUGUACAUAUUGUUGUAAACUGCUCUAUAUCAGCACAGACCUUUGAAAUGUCAUUUUUGAAGCAUAUCUUCAUAGUCAGAAUAUGCAGUGACACCUAAACUGAUGUGAAGACCCUGUUCUUUCUAGAGUAAGAAAGCAUUUUACAGUUUCUGGGAGAUCAUUUGUUUUCUGCUUUUAUGGAAAGUAUUCAGUUAACCUCGUCUCUUAGCAGUGUGAUGUAGCUGUCAGAAAGCACCAUUCACAGCCCCUCUGGACUACAUCAGUGUUAUAGACAGGAGGAUCAGGGUUCACAGUUUUUAAGAGCCUGAGCACCUCAGUAUUUUUCCAUCCUGGUCAGAUUCAGUAUGAUGAUUGUUUUUUACAGUCAAACUUUUCAGUGUGAAGAUAAAAUAGAGCCCAUCAACGCCUGGAAUAUAAUGCUGUCUGUAUCUGGACAUGUUACCUGAGUGAGAAAAAAACCAUGGACUGUAUCUACAGCUGAAGCUCGUAAAAUUAUAAUACCAUGAAAAAGUUCAUUAAUUUCCAUCGGCCCCAUAAUAAAAUGCUUCAUGGUGAAGGAGCCCCAACCAAGUAGGGAAGAUAUAAACGAGUAUAGUUCUCAGAAGUCAGACAUUUGAAAUUGUUUAAGAAAUAUUCAAAUGGUUUUGAGAUUCUGGAUUUUCAAGAUCAAUAUCAAACAGCACAUGAAAUACUACAGUUGACAUCCAAUAUGAAUAGGAAAUCUAAAGGUUUACCUUUUCCAAAUAAAACAGGGGACAUAAAUAACUUUGACACAAUAAUCUCAUUUCUUUAGAUGCACCUGUAUUUGUGUGUUUGUAAUGAUGGCAUGUCUCCAACUCCUCCUUGGCUGUAAAAGUAGAGCCGUAAUUACAGAUAAUGGGUGCUGGUAGAUCCAAAGUCUGCAAAGUAAGGAUUCUCUGGAAAGGCAGCAAUCCAAACCAAACUUUACCAACCAAUAAAUCAUCAAAGAUCCCUGCAGAGCAGAUUUUUGUGUUAGCUUGACAGCUAUAGUUUAUUGAAAGUCCAACAGUUGUGUUUGUGUUUUCUUUAUCUUGCUUGUUUGUUAUUUGUUCUUGCUCUUAACCGCUCCUCCUCUACCCUGCUAAAUCAGCUCGCACAGCCUUGCAGGAGCCCUAUUUGUUUGACAUAAAAGAUGUUUGGGGAAAAAUGGACAGGUAUUUUGUAUUCCAAGUUUGACCCAUGUCCUACCUGUUAACCUGGAAGAGGUCUAAAAGUGAAGUCAAGACAUUUAACCCCUCCCCAGUAGUUGGCUGUAGUCUAACUUAUAUAGCCUGCCUCCUCUCGUUUAACAGUGUUUGACCUAUACUGCAGCCAGCCACCAGAGGGAGUACCAAAUGUAUUGACUUCACUUUUAAGGGGUUUUGAAGUCAUCUGUCAUGGAUAUACAGCCUAUGUAGGAAAAUCACUUGUGAAUCCAUUGUAUAAAUGGAUUUUUAUGGUUACAUACUCUGAGAUGAACCUGAUCACAACUUAAGAAAGUCUGGCUCACAUUGUAUUUGGCCUUAAUGAAGGCAUAAAUGUAAUGUCUACAACCUGCCAGCAUGUUUACCUCAAUCAUAAUUCUGCUCUGAACUCUAAUCCAGGGUAUUUCACAGAGGAAAGAGAGAUCUGAAGAUAACGACAACAUAUAGAAAUUAAAAAGUAUAAACACAAAGACAAGAGCAACUCGAUGCUUUCCAGUUUACAAGUCCAGAUACAGAUAGGUUUAAAUACCAGGUGACGAUGGGCUUCAGAUGUGAGAUUAUGUUCACAUUAGAAGGUGACAACUAUUCAUGCUAACUUCUUAAUAUUUAGGAUGAAAACAUGGCCGUAAGCUUUGAGUGGAAUGAAAGAUUGUAAACAGAAAAGUGGUUAUGUAUCUAUGUUUUCAGAUCAUUCUUGUCCAUUGUUAGUCAUUAUAAAUUAAGCAGCUUCUCUUCGUUGCCUCUGUUGCCUUUGGCCUCAUGCCUGUGAUGUGAUUUUGGCACCAGCAGUGGCAAUUUAUCACAGUGAAUCUCUGCUUUUCUUCUAAUCUUCUGCUCUGUUUCUGACUGUCCUUGGCUUUGUUCUUUGCAUACUCACUCAUUGUGUUGCAGUCUUGUUGUGAAGGCAGUCUGGGUUUAAAAUGAUGCUGAAACUCUUAACUCCCCACAGAGGGUUUGACCCAUGUUUCUCCUGAGAUUAACACAAAGAGAAAUACUUUGAAUAUGGGCAACGACAAAACCAAAACUUGAAUGAAAGACUCAUAAAUCUGGUCUUCCUUCACUCUCGUCCCACAUAGCAUUCCUGUGUAACUCAUGCAUUGUGUUGUAACUUGGUGAAAUUUCUCAGUGUUGACUGGAGUGUCUGUGAUCAGGAGUUUUUGCUCUGUAACAUCACAGGUAAAGGAUGUCGCCACUUGUCUAAAUGCAACAUGUCUCUCAAGUGUAAUUUGCACCUUACUGUACUGCUUUUGUUUUCUAAGCUUUUCUGUUUUUAAUAAAUGGAGAUUAUUUGACCGCA